ACUUCAUCACCGGGUGAAAAUGCAUUCCAGGUGAAGAUCACCGCUCCUGAUGAACAGUUCACUCGAGUUGGCGUGCAAGUACUAGACAGGAAAGAUGGCUCCUUCCUUGUCAGAUACAGGAUGUAUGCAAGCUACAAAAACCUGAAGAUAGAAGUCAAAGUGGGAGAUAAACAUGUCGCAAAGUCUCCAUAUAUUUUAAAAGGACCUAUUUACCAUGAAAACUGUGACUGCCCUCAGGAGGAGAGCAGUGUGUGGCUGGAAGAGAUGAACUGCCCUCAGAUCAUUCCACAGAUUCAGAGAGACCUAGCAAAUUUUCCCAUUGUUGAUCCAGAUAAGAUAGCAAAAGAAAUUCCACAGAGGUUUGGACAAAGACAGAGUUUGUGUCAUUACACCAUCAAGGAUAACGAGGUUUAUAUAAAGACGUAUGGGGAACACGUUGGCUUCAGAAUUUUCAUGGAUGCCAUAUUGCUUUCUUUGACAAGAAAAGUGAAAAUGCCAGAUGUAGAAUUUUUUGUUAACUUGGGCGACUGGCCUCUGGAGAAAAAGAAGUCCCCACAGAACCUGCACCCCAUCUUCUCAUGGUGUGGGUCCAGUGAGUCAAAAGACAUUGUCAUGCCAACCUAUGACUUAACAGACUCAGUUUUGGAGACUAUGGGACGAGUCAGUCUGGAUAUGAUGUCCGUCCAAGCAAAUACUGGCCCCUCAUGGGAAGACAAGAAUACCACAGCGUUCUGGAGAGGACGUGACAGCCGCAAAGAGAGGCUUGAACUUGUAAAACUGAGCAGAAAAUACCCAGAGAUCAUAGAUGCUGCUUUUACAAACUUUUUUUUUUUUAAACAUGAUGAAAGCCUCUAUGGCCCCAUUGUUAAGCACAUUUCAUUUUUUGAUUUUUUUAAGUAUAAAUAUCAAAUUAAUAUUGAUGGCACAGUGGCAGCAUACAGAUUGCCUUAUCUACUAGCAGGAAACAGCGUGGUGCUAAAGCAAGACUCCAUCUACUACGAGCAUUUUUAUAACGAGCUGCAGCCAUGGAAACAUUAUAUCCCAUUUAAAAGUGACCUGAGUGAUCUAUUAGAAAAACUACAGUGGGCAAAAGAGCAUGAUGAAGAGGCAAAAAACAUAGCAAAAUCCGGACAGGAAUUUGCAAGAAACAAUCUCAUGGGAGAUCACAUUUUUUGUUACUAUUUCAAGCUUUUCCAGGAAUAUGCCAGCUUGCAAGUGAGCGAGCCAAAAAUCAGAGACGGGAUGGAGAAAGUGCAGCAGCCUGAUGAUGACCUUUUUCCAUGUACUUGCCACAGAAAAAAGGCCAAAGAUGAACUCUGACAGAAAGAAAUAAAAUAAUGUUUUGAAUAUUUACCUACAUUAAGAAUGCUGCCUUAAGAAAAGAAGAACAACGUGGAUUAAAAUGCCAUGGAUAAUGUCAAUGUAUAUUAUGAAGUUUGCUGUAUCAUGAUCUACAUACGGGAGAAAACCAGGCACCCCCUAUUUCCUUUUUAUCAUGCAGUGGUUGCAGAGCCUUGUUCAAAAACAUUUUUAUAAUUUUUUUUUUUUUUUUUAAAUAAAAACCAUGUUUGUAUCAGUCAUGUGUUACUGUCCUGAGAUACUGUGGAAAUGCAGAUAACAUUUUACUCAUGCUUGUUAUACUGA